AUGCCGCCUCCAACUGAAAACGAUGAAGGUGAAGAGGAGCGGGCCUCGCUGCGAGAGCUGCUCGCCCAGCCGAACGCCAUCAGCCUGAGCGACGUGGAGCGCGCCUACGCCGACUACCUCGAGCACGCCUUUCCCAGCCUCUUCCUCAGUCGAACGUCCUUCCUCUUCUACCUCGCCCGGCACAAUAUUCUAAAAGAAGCAAGUGGUGGUGGUGAUCUGGUCAAAGAUUUGCUCAGCAUCGAACGGUGCAUCCUCCGCUCCUCGCCCCAUCUGACCACCAACUACCUCUUCCUGGGCGACUACGUGGACCGCGGCCGCUGGGGCUUCGAGGUCUUCCUCUACCUGGCGGUGGCGAAGCUGCUCAACCGCGACCGAGUCUUCCUCCUCCGCGGCAACCACGAGUUCCGCCUCACCCAGGAGAAGUACAAGUUCAAGGAGGAGCUGCUGCUCAAGUACGGCAGCACCUACGGCCUGAAGUUCUGGGACCUGGUCAACUACGUCUGCGACCGCCUGCCGGUGUGCGCCGUGGUCGGCGGCGCCCUCUUCGCCGCCCACGGCGGCAUUCCCUUCAGCCUGACCGACCUGGGGACGAUCAACCAACAGACGCCCCGGGUCCUCCCUGAGCCGGACCGCGUCGCGCCCUGGGUCUGGCAGAUGCUCUGGAACGACCCCAUGGACUGGGCGCGCUUCCUCGAGGCGGCCCAGCUGCAGAAGGUGGUGCCCAGCGCGGCCAACUACACGUACAUGUACCUCUUUAAUGCGAAACGGGGCACGGCGUACGUCUUCAACGACUACGCCGCGGCGGCCUUCCUCAAGGCGAAUCGCCUGCAGGCGAUCAUUCGCGCCCACGAGGUGCCCGAGGAGCUGGGCGUCCGCUUCAACUUUCCAGGCCGCCUCUGUACGACGGUCUUCAGCUGCUCGCACUACACCAACCGCAUGAACAACGAGUGCUCGGUGCUUCUGGUGGGCGGCGAGGGGCGGAUUCGGGUGCUGCGCAUUGACACGCGACUGAACAAGCCGGCGAUGAUGUGA